AUGGCUGAAUUCAGAGAUAGUCUCCAGCAACUAGGUGUUUUCGACCUCAGAUUCAAUGGACCUCUUUACACCUGGACCAAUUCCUGCCCUGUCUCCCCCAUAGCUAAGAAACUAGACCGUUUACUCAUAAACAACCACAUCCUCUCCAUCUUCCCUAAUGCUUUCGCCUCCUUCCUCCCUCCCUUGCCCUAUGACCAUUCUCCUUGCCUUACUGACCUUGCAUUUCAACUCCCUAAAGUAGGAACCCAGCCUUUUAGAUUUCUGAACUACUUGACUAAACACCCGACCUUUCUCCAAGUGGUCUCUCUGGCGUGGGCUGGGGCCGGAAGCACUGCAGCAAAUCUCACAAGCCUGUGUUGGAAGCUGAAAUGCAUAAAAAAGGAUCUGAGAGCACUAAACAAACAAAAUUAUUCUAAUAUUCAGAAAAGAGUGCUAGAGACUAACUGUUUGUUGCAACUUGCGCAGGUUGAAUCACUGCAAAAUCCCUCUGCGCAGACCUUCCAAAUAGAACGUGAUCUCCAUACUAGGUGGUCUUUCUUAAGGGAAAUUGAAGAAUGCUUCUUCAGACAGAAAUCGCGCAUCAACUGGCUGGUAGAGGGGGAUCUAAAUACCACCUACUUCUUCCAAAUCUGUCAAACUAGAGCAAGCUACAAUGCAAUAAGAUCGUUCAUCCUUCUCUCAGGAGAAGUUAUCUCUGAUCCAAUAGCAAUGAGAGACCAUGCGGGUAACCACUUCUUCUCCAUCUUAGGCCAACGCUCUCAAGCAACAAACUCUUUGUGCUCGAACCCUGACUGGUUCAAUGCUCUAUCUCACUUCAGAGUUGCACCUGCUCUUCUCUAG